AGGCCAUGAUAUAACACUCGAUAUGUUUUGUAUGUUUUAGGUUUUAAAAUAGGAAUAAACAGAAUUCAGAUUCGUAAGAACAAAAAAAAAAAAAAAAAAACCCCAGAACACAUUUGUUGUAGGCAAAAUUUUCCAAAUUCUAAAAAGAGGGCAUAACCAGCGGCCUAGAAAAAUUUAACCAAAAUUUCGACACGAUGUACAAUUUAUGGAAGUCUCAGGUGAAAAAGCACCAAUGUGAGAAUGUCUCGCAGAUCUGGAAGGAUUUGAAUGCAACAUUUGUAACCUUUCUCGGUUUUAGUUGGCUUAUCUAUAUUUUGGCCCUACUUCUUGUCGCUGUUGCCAUUUAUUAUGCCUAUUGUGAACGUUGCCGCCGAUCCGAGAUUGUAAGACGCCGCCGGGUUAUACAGCGUGCCCAGCAAAGACCACCACAAAAGCGUCGCCCCAAUGCCGCAUAUCGCGAUCAUCAAAUCUAUAGACAUAUCAUAUUGAGUGUGGCCAAGUACAUGAAAAAUUCGGAUGGGGUGCGUCCAUUUAUUGAUCAUAUGGAUCAAUUAUAUCCAAUAAGACAUUCAUUGGCUGAUCAGCAGCAAGUGACCGAGCUUUCAUUAAAUGAGAACGGUGACACCGAAGGAGCCGAAACAAACGCAAUAGAGGAUUAAAUUUUUUUGGCUGGCAUAAAAGUUUUUUUUUUUUUUUAAUUUGUGUAAAUUUCAAAUAAAUGCCACACAGUGUCAGCAGGACAAUAUCCGAAACUAAAGCAUGUCAAUAAGAUUUAACAUAUGGCAAAGAAUUCAUGGAUCGCAAUACCCAUACAUUGCACUACAUUGCACUUUGGCCUAUGACAAGGAGGAGCGACAACCAAGUUUUUAACAUCAGAAUCAUCAGCCAUGGACAGGAAUAAGGUGUAAUCAUUUGGUGCUAUUCCCGUACUAUAUAGUGGAUGCAAACUUUCAACCAAUCUACUAAAGCUUCUAACAAAAAGCUAUCGACGCGUCGUGUGGCUAAACUUGAGACGAAAUAUUUCGAAAUAUUAAACAGAAAACUAGCUUUUCGAAAACGUAGCUUAUGAAAUAAACGUAUUACAACAUCGUUAUUCUCGA